AUGGCCAGUCUCAAGAAUAUCAUGAAUACCGAGGACGAGCCCGUCGAUCCACGAUCUGAGAGCCGUUCCGCUGACCUGACUUCAAGUUCACCCUCUGUCCACAGCUAUGUUACAUCCUUAAAUUAUCAGACACACUCCUCUUCUCAUAACAACCCUCAUGACCCAUCAGGAUCAUCCAAGUCGUCUUCUGUUAUUGAUCACUCAUCACCGACAACAACAACCGAUCUCAACAUGAACAACCGACGCCGCCGCAGCAACAUGAGCAUUGACUCUAAUGAAACACCUUAUGCUUCAGCCCAGCAUGCUUCAUCGUCAAACAGCCCUAUGAGGCCCUUUCCCGCUACAGCGAGCGGCGAGUCGCAUGUCAGGUUGACCCCAAUUACCAGAAAGAUUAGCAAGGCAAAGAAAGGUGUACUGGUUCAUAAUUGCGACCAGUGUCCCAAGACGUUCUCUAGAGCAGAACACUUGAGACGGCAUCAGCUCAGCCAUUCACCUCCCGAUUUGUAUUGCCCCAUCCGUGGUUGUAACAAGACCUUCCACCGCAAAGACCUUCUUGACCGACAUGUUCAGAGACAUGAUCAAGAUACCAUGGAUAUUGCUGAACCAGAACGCCCUUCUAUACAAGGCAGUUCAAGGACACAUGCACUGUCCCCUGCGGAAGCUACACGACCUAAACCUAUCGAAGCUUACAACGACCAUCGAACAUUGGCUCCUGUUAACAACAACUCCAAUGUCCCUGGAGCUUGGCCAUCAAUGGUUUCUCCCCCCAACUUAAACCACAACUUCAAGACAGAGCCUAGUAUAAACAGACAAGGUAGUUACACAGACAACUACGUGUUAGGCCCUGAUCUAUCAACAUCAUAUAAUAGUUUCAUGCCGAACAAUCCUGAGCAACCAAGAAGCAUACCGGAUAUGCCGAUAUUGCCGACUCUACCAGAGAGUGCAACUCCGGACCUACACUGGCAAGAUAGUUCCGCAACAACAAGCGCCUUCUCAACUCCUCCGAAUAACACGAGAACUCACCAGUAUCCUGCACCGGCUACGAACGGACCUUGGAUAGACCCAGUGUCGGCUUACCAGAGCACUCCGAACGGUAUACCAAGUAUGGACCAUGCCACAUAUCCUGGCUCAUACACGUACACUCCGCCACAGGUCUACACUCCUGUUUUUAGCAUGGGUCUCCCUUUACCUGGAUAUUCCGAAGACACUACUUUCAGUACUGUCGAUCAAAUUCCUACUUCUACAGUUCGUAGCGUGUCCCCUUUAUUGGCUGUUCCUCAAUCUGAGACCUUGUUAGCUGUUCCAUCGCUACCAACUUCAAGCGGGGCUUUCGAUCUGGCCAGCUGCAGCUCUGGGACUUCAGGAGGAAACGGCUUGCUAAGCACCCAAGACCUGAUGCCACUUUCCCUUUCGUCUGCUGCUAGUGAAGCAAUUCCAAGGUAUCUCGAGGUCUAUUGGGAUCAAGUUCACCCCAGAAAGCCUAUCAUUCAUAAGCACACAUUCCAAGACGUCCCUGAAGAGGAGACAGAGCAUAAACAUGUGCUACAAUGUGCUAUGGCUGCAUUGGCAACACAAUUUAUCCCCAACGCAGAUGACCGCAUGAAGGGGGCGGAGCUUCAUGCCUAUGCCUGGCAAAAGUCCAAAGUGUUUACACACUUUGAAAAGUGGUCAAUACCAGUCCAGCAAACGAUUGCACUAUGCGAGUACUACGCACGCUUCCGCGGUAGAAAGUCACAUUCGCACCAACCCUCUGCUCGGUUCACUUCACUCUAUAACAGGGUCAUUAGUGAUCAACUCACUUCGGCUUCUCGUCCCUCCAUCAGAGAUGGGCACCAAGCUUGGAUAGCAUGGAUUGCCACAGAAUCAAGACGACGGUUAUUGGCAGCCUGCUUCCUGCUCGAUGUACAUAGCUCUUGGUAUCACGAACGCCAAUACAGUUCUGUCAUCGGUUUGGAUUACUCUUCCCCGAGCACUCUCCCAAUUCCGCUUACAGCUACAACGAUAAAGGCUUGGGAAGCCCAAGAUCUUCAAUCAUGGUCAAAAUUACAGACGAUAAGAGCUCCCAAAACCAUUUCUAGCACGAACCUGGGGGUACUAUCUGCUUCUGAUAUAGCAUCUGGCCCAGAUUUUGAUGCGGCAGUUUUACUUGCCGUAUACUCAUUGUUCCUUCCACGGCGCCAGAGCCCACCACAUAUUAGUCUCGUGGAAGAUGCAGCAAAGUUUCAGUUAAAUAUGUUUCCCAUUUCAAAAAUAUCCCCUGAGUCGGCCAUUGCCAGCACCUAUCUGGCAUUGCACCAUACACCCCUAUAUUAUCUGCUAUCAGUAUCUGGCAAGAGCUGGGUGUUUAACAAAAAGGUGACUGACUCGGACUUGUUUACGGAACAUCAGAAGCUUGUUGAAAAAUGGAGAAUUUCAGGCACGGCUUCAAUAGCAACAGUAUUUGCUGCGCGGGCGUUGAAGAUCUUCUUUAACAUGCAGUGCUCGCCCAGCCAAGCAGAAUGUAACAGAGGGGAGGGUUGUCAGACAAAGACAACACCCUUGUCCGACAUAUCAGAUUAUUGGGGCAUAUAUGUCUGCGCUUUAAUCUGUUGGGCUUUCGGUACAGCAGAGGAGCAAGACAAACCUAGAAAAGGCGUGACACAAAAAGCUACGAAGGAAUGGAUUCUAAGGGUUGCGUCUCAAGAGCCAUCUGAGGUACAAACGCAAAGUGGCCGCAACGGGGCUCGAGGAGUUGUCGGUCUUGUUAGGCAAAUGCUGUCGACCGAGUGUUUAGGAGGAGGGAACAUUCUUUUUGCCGAUGCCAUAAACGUGUUGAUACGACUAGAGGAGGAAAUUGCUGGGAACUGUUGA